AUCAUCAAAUUGCUGUAACAUGCAUAUUAAUCAUACAUUGUCUACACUGCGGGACAUCCCUGUAACAAGAAAACUGCUUUUGCCGUGAAGUUCAUCAAUAAACAAACAAUCUGCAGUGCUCUGGAGCACUCCAGCAUGCCUAACAACUCACCACUCACACUCACCAACAACCCUUCUCCACUGGUUCUCAAUUCCAUGAUCAACACUGACGAAACGGCACUGACAAGAAUGAGUCCAUGGAGGAGACUGAGCGCUGCAAAGACACACUCAACUUCGUCCCGGCUGCUGUUUCAAUAGCGGUAGUUAAUCAGCUGUUGCACCGUGUACUUCCUCACCUCCAAAUUGAAUUGCAGCAAUUUCUUCUCUUGUUCAAAGCAAGCCGCAGCAGUCCUGGCUGAACAAGAGCUGUGGGGGAUUGGAAUAAGGAGUCAAAACAGAGGUCUUUCAUCACUAGCCCCUUGGGCUGCUGCAGUGGUGUGAGCGCCCCGUCAGGAAUGUAGCCUGAUCUGGACGCAAGACUGAUCCAAGGAACAAAGAACAUUAGACCUUAUUACCCCUUUUGCAUGAUCAGAUGCUCUGGUCAGAAUCAGUCUUCCGCUUGAAAGACGACGACUGCUGCCGAAGCGGCUCGCCGGCUUCGGCCGAGCCGCCGCCGCC